AUGUUUGAUAAAGCUUUAGAUGGAAUGAUUCAAUUGAUAACAUUAGUUGCUUCUCAUCAACCAGGUAUAAUUAAAUAUGAAUUACCAUCAAAUUCUUCAGGCACAGAACUAUCUAUUUUUCUAUUUCCUCGUUCAUUUUCGAUAGAUAAUUAUGUUCGUCUCUUUUUUAUAUUAUAUGAAACAUAUAAUUUGAAAAUAAUCGAAGAAAUUAUGGAUAUAGUUUUUAAUCAUUUACAAAAAACAUCAACUACAGUAGAAACUAUACUUAUAUAUGGAUUUUUAUUGCUUAUUCAAGCUGAAUAUUAUCAAAAUAAACAACAACAAGAAAAAAUACAACAAUUUGCUUGCAAAAUUAUUAAAUAG